AAAUCAAGAUAUAAAAUAUCAAACAUAACUGGAGCACGUCUGCACGUCUCAGCGCCAUCAUAACUUUUUGAUCAUCUCUCGAUUCGGAUCAACUCUCGGAUCUAAAUGAGGUGUUGUAUUUAAUUGUUUUACUAAAAUUCUGUAGAAGAGCGUAUUUCUCUGUAAUAGAGCGUAGUAGCCUGUAGUAGAGCGUAGUAGUAGAGGGUUUUUCGCUGUUGUAGAGUGUAGUAGUAGAGUGUAGUAGAAGUGUAGUAGAACGUAGUAAAGCGUAUUUCUCUGUAGUAGAGCGUAUUUCUCUGUAAUAGAGUGUAGUAGGCUGUAUGGAUUAUUGCUUUUUGUUGUAUUCUGGGAUUUCGAAGUCACUUUUAUCAUUUAUAUCACUUAGUACAAACUGACGAUGAAUGACUAGGAGCUAUGUGGGUUCCGUAUUGAUAGUGUUCUCUUUACCUUAUGAACAUUUUUGGUUAAGGUACAAUAGCCAUUUUCAUCGUUUCAAAUGCAGUUACUGUAAAAUGGGGUGCUGUAGCCUGAUAAUAUAUAGAUAAAUAUGUCACAUAGUUUGUCACAUAUAUACACAACGUUGAAAAAGCUUCAUUUAUUUUUCUAUGAAGUCUGUUGUAUUAUUUUAGCGAGUGCCAAAACCGUUGAGCAAUUCAUGAAUAUUGUAUACAUUACAAAUAUUUUUGAAAUAUUUAAUGAUGGAAUUUCCUUGUAAAAAUACAACAGGUGGCCAAAUAACAUAAGAUAAUAUGCACAUUCACAUUCAGCAUAAACAAUGCUAAAAAAUGAUAUUAAAUAUGAAGAAUUUUUUUUACUUUACCACCUGUCAAACAAUUGACUGUAUAUCAACAAGUGGCAAUUUCAUGAAAUUUUUUUUGGAAAUAUCAUCCUUAAAAAUUUUAGGAAAAGUAAUGAAGUUUCGUGGAAUAACCAUUAGAGGUAAAACUCACUUUUUUUGGAUAAAUACAUUAAUUUCCGUGAGACCCAUAGCAACCUCGUCCCCAGGCUUUUUCUUUUUGACAUCAAGGCAGGCGGCGAAAUUAAAUAUUGUUUAGCCGUCAAGUAAGCCUGGCGGGUUUGGCAUAGUCAACAAACCCUGGGGACGAGGACGGUCUAGCGUUUUGAUGUAAUAUGACCAAUGACCUCAUUUCUGUACGCAGCGCUAAUUUCAAAUUGGAGAUGUGGGUAGAGGCACGGAGGGAAACUUUGAAAAUUAGAAAAACAACAUUACACCUUGGAGGUUUUAUUCAUCAACUUUCAACUUGAAAUUCGUAAAUAGUAUGACUUGAUCUCUUAACUAAAUACGUGAUAUAAGCAUUUCCUUUUUUUUCCUUAAGGUUUUCUGCUCUAGGGCUGUGCCAAAGCAACAUUUACAGUCAACAGUGGCAGUUUAACAGUCAGGGAAAUCCUCUUAGUUAAGCUGUAUAGUUUAAUUUGGAGAUCCCCUAAAUAAGCUAUAUCAUGUAGCUUAGUUAGGUGACAUACAUCUAAAUUAGGAGGUAGAACGUUUUUCCCUGAUUUCUCGAAAAAUGUUAAUUUUAGCAGAAUCACCGCUGCAGCUCUGAUGAUGAAUCAUCAGUUUGACCACUAUAUUAGACCCGUUUUUAGUUUUAGUUUAAGUUUAGCCCUAUAUUAUAAAAGAAGAAUGGUAUUUCCAGCACCCCGGGUUCAAAAGAUAUGGACUAUAAACAAUGGUUCAUUGUUAGAGCGAUAGUCUGUAAGCUGUACUGCAUCCUAGUUAGGAGGUCACGUCACACAUGAUACAUCCUAUUUAAGCGAAUAUUUUUGAAACUUCAAAUUUGGCAGGCCCUCAUGGUGCUACAAAAAAACUAAUGUAUUGGAUUUAUUCAGAUAGAUGAUUAAAGUUUUGUACAUCUUAACUAAGCUGUAAAACGCCUAAUUAGACUGUAUCAUACAUCCUAAUUAAGCUGACAUCCAAAUUAAGCUCUAUAGCUUAAUUAAAAGGACUUCCCUGACUGUUUAAAAAUUGAACAGCUGUGAGAUUUAUCUGAUCUAAACUUUGCUUUUGUUGUUUUCAUAAAGGAGUUAGAUGGUUUACGCAUUUUUAUGCAUAAAAUUAAAAAAGGUUGGUUUAUUGUACUAUGCUCUACAUUUAUUACAUGUAUUUCAGUACGUUUUGUUUUUUAAAAUGUUUUAUCAUCCAGGACAAUGUAAGCCUCUAUUUUAGUUCAUCAUCAUCAUCAUUCUCAGCUUAAUGUCCUUUUUCCAUGCUAGCAUGGGUUGGACAGGGUAUGUUAAUGACCCUCCUCCAAUCUGAUCUAGACUGUGUUAGAUCUAAACUCAACUUCCUCUGUAUCAAGUCUGUCCUUAUAACCUGCCAAGUCUUUCUCGGUCUGCCUCUGGGCUUUGCCCCAGGAACUAUCAAGUCUCUACACUUUCUUAUACCCAAUUAUCCCCCUCCAUUCUUUCCAAGUGCCCCAGCCAAUUCAAUCUUCUUAUCUGGAUAACAUCUUGAAUUCUACGGAUAAUUAGCCUGCUUCUUUGCUCAUCUGAACUCUUUCUAUCUCUCAGACUGGCGUUACACAUCCACCUAACCAUUCUCAUAUCAAUCCUUUCUAAACGGUCAAGAUCUUCCUGCUUCACUGCCCAUGUCUCACUACCAUACAACAUAACACUUCUUACACAGGCCUCAUACAACAUACCUUUUAACUCAAUUGUCAAGACUCUGCUAGUCAACAAAGGAAGUAACUCUGAACUUUUUCCAAGCAGAACCUAUCCUGCAAGUAACACUUCUUCCAACACACCCUUCACUGCCCAACAUAUCACCUAAGUAAGAGAAGUUCUCAACUAUCUUUAACAAGCCACUAUUGUACAUCAUUGAAGCUGGAAAUACUUCAUUCUCUAUAAUCUCACCCUUGCAACGCUUGCAUACAAACUGAAUGUCAACUCUGCAACUGCACUUCUUAUGUACCCAAUGCUUGCAAGUCUGACAAAAAUUGAGUUACAACCAACCCCUCUCCUGCAAACUCCACAAGACCACUUUCCAACUACAAAGUCACAUUUGCUACAUGUUAUUGUAUCUAGGACAUCAUAACAAUGAUUUCAGUUAAAAUGAGUACAAAGACAAUCCAGAUGAUAGGAUGUAAAACAACUUGGGCAAAGACUUUGCAGUUCAGAUGUUUUUCCAGUAAAUUGACAAAAGAGAUGCUUACUGUCAAACCAGAAAAUGUUGUAGACUGCAAGGAAUAUAAAGAUGGAUCAUCUGUGUCUUCAAAAGAAAUGCAUCAGUUUCAAAAGCUUGUAACUGAGUGGUGGAGGCCUGGUGGAGAGUAUGAUGCUUUGCGAUCUUUAAAUAAGCUACGAGUUCCAUUGAUUAAAAAGCUGCUUCUGUCAAACGCUAAAGAAAGACAGUGCCAACCUUUGUCUGGUUAUCAGGUUUUAGAUGUUGGCUGUGGUGGAGGCAUUUUAGCAGAGCCUAUUGCUCGGUUGGGUGCAAAUGUUUUGGGAAUUGAUCCAUUACAAGACAGUAUUGAUGAAGCUAAGCAUCAUUCUUUGAAAGACCCUGAUUUAGCAACGCUAAGUUAUGAAUGUUCGACCAUUGAAGAGCUUGCUGAGAAGCAAAGUAACUGUUUUGAUAUUGUGCUUGCAUCAGAAGUUUUAGAACAUGUGGACAGUCCUGAUGUGUUUAUACACAACUGUUGUGAACUGAUCAAGCCUGGUGGCCAUUUGUUUGUCACAACAAUUAAUCGUACCCUGCUUUCAACUAUAUUUGUCAAGUAUGCUGCUGAGUAUUUGCUACGCAUUGUUCCACAAAAUACUCACGAUGAAAAUAAAUUUAUUACCACGGAUGAACUCACAGACAUGCUCAGAAGAAGUAACAUGAACAGUUUGGUUUAUCGAGGCAUGUUUAUGAAUCCACUUACUUUGUCAUGGUCUUGGACUGAUGUGAACUUACUAAAUUAUGCCUGUCAUGCAAAAAAGCCACUGGCUUGAAAAGAGUUUGGUGAAAGAAUAUAGAGUGAGUGAACGCUUAUCAUUCAUGCUUUUACUGUCAAUUUUGAUUCAUUUACAAUGUAAAUCUACUCAAUCGAUGCUUUUUCACUCAUAUUCACAUGCUAUCUGCACGUUGAUUUUCAUUCAAAAGAAUUCAAUAAAUCUAAACGUUAUAGUAGCGGUAUUUUCUGCAUUUCUGAAUUUUUAAUGCACAUAGUAAAAUGUGUUCAGUUUUUGUACUUCAGUAAAAGAAUGCAAAUGGGCAAGUUUUUUUUCUUUUUUAGUGUUUUUUUUUUUAACUAUUUGUAAGAAAGUGAAAUCUGUUGUUAGAAUAUAAAAAUUAGAGUGCUCUCUUCAUAUUUUUGUUUAAACCGAUAUAUCUGAUUUUUUUCUUUUUUUUUCCUCUUUCGUGAUCUUCCAAUUUUUAUAACUGCAAUGUUUGUGCUGUCGUCGUGUAAACGACCCUGUAGCUGUAAAAAUGUUUUUCUGUAACAAUAAACACAGUUUGUGUUACCCUCAUUUUGUUAAGUGUUUCCGUACGAAGUCUGGACAACCUUCUACUAUACAAGUCCCCCCCCCCCCCCCUCUCCAUUUUCAUUUAUCAAUUCAAUUAAGUUCAAUUAUCCAAUCAGUUUUUUAAUAACUUUAACAUUUUCUUUUAAAAACACGAUGACAGAUAACACAGGAAUCCACUUAAAUCUUCAGCCAAUGAGGUAAUUUAGUGGAUGGGAGCAUGUCGAGGCGCAAUUCUCUGAACACAGUUUAAUUUAGCCUGGGCGAGACGAAGCGCUCUCUAUUCACUAAUUUUCGAGUUCUGUCAUGAAAUAAAUCGACAUUCAAUAAUUGUUUAAGAAUUAAACCCCGUUUAUAAAUAAUCGCGACGUGCUAAUUUUAUUACUAUAACGAAAUUUAAUAAACAAAAAUAAAGUAUAGUAAAAUACGAAACGUUUUUCAUUGCCAAAUUUUUGUUGACCAUCUUAGGGUGAGUUUUGAUGUAAGCACAAAGUACUUGAGAUUUUUUUGAUAAACAAAAAACUUGUAACAAACGCAAGGCUCUAAUUUUAAAAAAAUUUAAAUUGAAGUGAUGUUUACUAUUAUUGUGAUGGGCAACAGCCUAAGAGAUAUCGCCUCCUUGCUGAAAAAAGCAACGGAAGAGAGCCCAUGCAUAUUGUUGCUUAUUUUUAUUCCACAUGCGCUCCUUAUUAGGGAAAACUAUAUGUUUUCGAGUUUUACUACCUUUUUUUUAAUGCUGCAAUGAAUGAAAAAUGAUUUGGUUUGUUGUUAACACAUCAAAUGCACCACCUUGCUCUCUAUUGGAAAAAAAAUUUUAAUUUUGUUUUUACUCUGUAAUUUAUUCCUAAUGUUCUCCUUCUGUGAAAAACACGUCACCUAAAUGUGUCAUUUUGUUAAGAAAGAAAAUUAUGUGCGAAAUUACUAACAGAGGGUAAACAUUUCGAUGAAUGCAGGCUAAGUAGAAGGAGCGGCUUAAGAAGGUAGUGAAAACGUUUUUAAGGUCGGCAUUUUCUUUGGCAUCUUUUGUUCACACGAUGCUGUAGCAGUCGAAGUGGAAUGUUUUAACUUUAGUAUCGCGAUGAAGUCGUUCUGUUUCGGCUUCGGAAUAGUUUCGUCUAAACUUUCAUCCUAUCCGGAACGAAACUCGUUUGGUCUCUAUUCGGAACUUGUGAACAUGGUUUAACUCUCAAGAUCGGAACUUAAUUGGGUUUAAAAUAUGUUUUUUUCGCCUAAACUAUUCCUCAGGGAUUAUUUUCACAAUUGCUGCUAAUGUGUAAUUUUCUUUAUUUUUUGUGCAAUUUUUUUUGUGCAAUUUUUUUAUGUAUGUAAUAGCUCUGACUCCCACGAGCGUCAUUAUCGAAUCUGUGAGCGUUUCUUGUUU